UUUUGACAUUUCUAAUUCGAACGUUGUUUUUAUUCAUAUACAAGGCCCGUUUACAAUGAAACAAGGUCCAUUUACUCCCACUUAGAAAUGGCCCAACGUAUUGUCUUAACUCUUAAACCCUAAAAGAUUCUGUAUUUGUUUUUUUGUUUUAGGUGUCUCGAUCAGAUUUGCAGGAUAGAUUUGGUCAGUCAUGCAUUCUCUGUUAAUCCAUGGAAGAAAGUCUCUUUUGAGAGGUUCAGUGCAAAAACAUGUAUUCUCUGCUUUUCCCAGAACGUUCUCCUCCGUAAGUGAUGGUCGAAAAUGGAGGAGGAAUUUGCCAGUCGUCGCUUACGAGGGUCUAACUCUAAAACAGACAGAAAGGUUAACGAGGUUAGUCUACUCCAAGCAAGAUGCAAUUCUGAUUCUUCUUAGACGUCAUGGGUUCACAGAUUCUCAGUUCGGCGACAUGGUUGAGAGUUACCCACCAUUGUUUGACUUAGAUGCUCGCAAGUCCAUUGCUCCCAAGCUUAAGUUUCUGCGGUCUAGAGGAGCUACAAGUCUUGAACUCUCUGAGAUCCUACCGAAAAUUCCUAAAAUCUUGGGAAUGGAAGGGACUAAAACUGCCGGCUUAUACUAUCAUGUCUUCAAAUACAUGACAACCGCAGAUAAGAGUGGAAAUUUAGCUCCACUAAAGGGUGGUGGUAUGCAGGGGAAUGUCAUGAGAAAUGUAUGGGCUUUGAGAGAACUUGGUGUGCCUCAGAAUCUCUUGUUAUCCUUGCUUACAUCUGAUAACAAACUUGUCUUUGGGAAAAGAAGAAGAUUUGAAGAAACAGUGAACAAGGUUGUUGGUAAGGGUCUUGAUCCCACGAAGCCAAAGUUUGUCGAGGCUCUAAAAGUUAUUUACAAAAUGAGUGACAAAACAGAAGAAGAAGAAGAAAAGAUCAAUAUCUAUAAGAGGUUAGGCUUUGCUGUGGGGGAUGUAUGGUCUCUUUUCAAGAAGUUUCCAAGGAUUCUGGCACUCCCGGAGAAGAAUAUAUUAAACUCCAGUGAAACCUUUCUAAGCCUAGGAUUCAGCAGAGAUGAGUUCAAGAUGAUGAUAAAACGACAUCCUCCAUGCAUUGCAUAUUCUGCAGAGUCGGUGAAGAAGAAGGCUGACUUUCUGAUGAAGGAGAUGAAAUGGUCUUUGUGCCCUAAGAUGCUGUCUUACAGCAUGGAGGAGAGGAUUCUACCAAGGUGUAACGUAAUUAAAGCUUUGAUGUCGAAAGGAUUAAUUGGAAGUGAAUUCCCCUCUGCCGCCACUGUGUUGAUAUGUACAAAUCAGAGUUUCUUGAAAAAAUUUGUGAGAAAACACGAAGACAAGGAGCUUGUGGCUGAGUUGAUGGCUCUUUUCACCGCCCGUGGUGAUCUUGCUUCUUGUGUUAAAUCAAUGGUGGCGGAGGAAGAAGAAAUACUAGAGCCUCAAGCUAAAGUGACAAGCAAGGUUUACUUUGAUGUGGAAAUUGGAGGUGAAGUUGCUGGAAGAAUUGUGAUGGGUCUUUUUGGAGAAGUUGUGCCUAAAACCGUUGAAAAAUUUCGUGUCUUGUGUACUGGUGAGAAAAAUUACGGGUACAAGGGUUCUUCCUUCCACCGUAUCAUCAAGGAAGGAGGUGAUUUCACCGAGGGAAAUGGCACUGGAGGUAUAAGUGUCUACGGUGCCAACUUUGAAGUUGAAAACUUCACCCUGAAGCAUACUGGAGCUGGAAUCUUGAGCAUGGCAAACGCUGGUCCUAAUACUAAUAAUGGAAGCCAGAUUUUCAUUUGCACCGUCAAGACUCCAUGGUUAGAUAACAAGCAUGUUGUGUUUGGACAAGUCAUUGAAGGUAUGAAGCUUGUGAGGACACUUGAAUCUCAGGAGAAAGGUUGCAGAAUCUAUGCCUGCGGAGAGCUCCCGAUGGAAGCUUGAAAACCACCAUUAAAACCGGUGCAUUGUCAUUGCGCUCUUUGUUCUGUUUUUUUGUUGUUGCUGUUAUGACUAUUGAGUAAACCAAACUAUCGAAAAGCCAAAGAUUUUCAAAUUGUGCUCUUUUGUUUCUUUAUUUUGGAUACAUAUGAGCUAAAAGUACAAUUUAAGUUUCUCUUGAUCAA